GGAGUAACCAUUUUAUUUGAGAGACUGUAGAACUGGAUGACUACGCUUUGUAGAAGCCUACAGUGUUAGUGAAUUAUAUAGUUUGCUUUAGUAAUUGCUUCAGAGGCUAACUAUGAAAUCGUUGAUUGAUAAAGCAGUGCCAAUGGGAAAGGACUCUAUAAAGCAAAACUAUCGGGUCGUAGUCAUGGGGACGGCUGGGGUCGGGAAAAGUUCUAUUAUUAGCAAAUUCAUGCACGAUAAAUUCACUGAAAGCCAUAAAGAGACUAUAGAGGAACUACACAGACACCGGAUGCAGUUUGAAAGUGUGAGUGUUGAUAUCGACAUUCUGGACACGGCCGGAUCUCAUCAGUUCCCUGCAAUGAGAAAACUUGCCAUAGCAACAGGCGAUGCAUUCCUACUCGUCUUUUCUGUUAAUGACCCAGAAAGCUUUGAAACUGUUAAAAACCUCCGGGAUGAAAUACGAUUACAAAAACAAACAGGACAGUACUCCAUUGUUGUUGUGGCAAAUAAAACUGAUUUAGAUGCAGACGAAAGUCAUUCACAUGCAGUGACCGAGUCGGUUGUGUGUAUGGAUUGGGAGGAAAAGUUUGUAAAUACGUCUGCCAAAACAGGCGACAAUAUUGAUAUUGUAUUUCAAGCUCUUGAAAAUAAAAUCAGAGAAAGAAUUACGCUGGCAGAGAAACGUCUGACAUUUAUCAGAAGGAUUUCAAUGCCAGUGAUGAGAAUAGCAAAAUCGGAAAAGACAACAUCAGGUCUUUUCAAAAGCAAGUCUCGAACCCAAUCUGUUGAAGUCCCGAAAUGA